AGAUCCGUCAAUGGCGUGAGAUCAAAAUUCCGGAGAAACCUAUAUUUGUGUUGUUUUGUUGUUGUUGUUCUUCUUAUUCGGUGCUUGCAGAUUUUUGGUUAGAUCGUGGAUCCAUUCAUUCCGUCUGAAGGUGUGAAGGAGGAGGGGUUGAUGGGGAGAGGGAAGAUUGUUAUAAGGAGAAUCGAGGACUCAACGAGCCGACAGGUGACGUUUUCGAAGCGGAGGAAUGGACUGUUGAAGAAGGCGAAGGAGCUCGCAAUCCUGUGCGAUGCUCAAGUUGGAGUCAUCAUCUUCUCCACCACUGGCAAACUCUAUGAUUUUUCCAGCACCAGUAUGAGUUCAGUCGUUGAGCGAUACGAGAAAGCGACAGAGGAUAAUCACCAGUUGGCAAAUAUGGAUUCAGAACUCAAGUUUUGGCAAAGGGAAGUGGCUAUGCUGAGGAAACAAUUCCAGAGCCUUCAAGAAAAUCAUCGGCACUUAUUAGGUGAGGAACUUUCAGACUUGGAUGCCAAAAAUCUGCAGAGUCUGGAAAACCAGCUGGAAAUGAGCCUCAGAGGCGUCCGCGCCAGGAAGGACCAGCUCUUAUUCGAUCAGAUACAGGAACUGAACCGAAAGGGAAGCCUGAUCCAUCAGGAGAAUCUGGAGCUGCACAAGAAAGUGAACCUAGUUCGACAAGAGAAUGCCGAGCUUCGUAAAAAGGUUUAUGGAGUUGGGGACAGCGAAAAGGCGAGCUGCAAGGAAUUCUUUCCUAGUAGUAGUUUAGGUGUCCGCGAUGAUCCACAAGCGCACAUCUAUCUCCAGCUCUGCCAGCCGCAGCAGAUGCCGGUGACGGGGUCAAGCUAACGAUGACUUGACAUCCUUAAUUACAGACAGACAUUCAGUGUGUCUGCAAAUUGAAGGAUCAUUUAGUGUUGGUGUUAUUAUCCCUCCCAAUUAUCCAAACACUUGAAACAAAAAAAAGGGGGAAGUGUUUGUAGUGCUGCUUUGUUGUAAUACUGAUUCCUAAUUAAACGUUGGAUGGAUCAAACCAUAUUGUAUUGUAUUGUAUUGCGUGUAUAGGAUCAGCCCUGUUGUGUACCUUAGUACGUAAAAAUCCGAAAACAAAAGACUAUAGUUUGGUUCAAGUUUGUAAACUUGGUGAACAUAAGAAAGGUUUGUGCUGUAUUUCAA